AUGGACCUCUACAACGAGGAAGCUGCCUCCUCUCUCUCCGCCGCUCCUCAUCCUUUCCUCAGGCCAAGGGCUACCGCAGGGAGAACCAGCGGGUCUGCAACGCAUGCAGGAGGUAGAGCAAGUGACGGACCCGUCUCCUCUGAGUCCCCAGCCAGGCUCAGCACCCUGUCCGAGGAGUCCAAGGCCUCCGGGAGCGACUCGCCGUCCGGUUUCUCUCCCAGCAGCAAGGGAAGCCUGCGAGAAGUCGCUGCGCUUUCCUCCUACCACAUGCUCUCACGCGAAAGAUUCUUGUCGGGGGGGAGCAGCGGAGGAAGCGAGCAUGGAAGGCUCUUGUCGGGAUCGGGGGGCAGCAGCGAGGGUCAUCCGGACUUUGACUCCUCGGACAGCGAGAACUGGUUGACCGGGGGUCACGUGAUCGGAGCCGAAGAUCAUCACGAAGAGUUUUUCGAUGGAAGCUUGCAAUCGACGAAUGCACAAGAUGACAACAUGAUGGUGUUGAAGAAGUCAAGCAGCAUGUCGUCGGUGAAGAACAUGUUGUGGUCUCGCAGGCAGGAGCGAGAAGUAGCGGACGAUGAGACUAGAAGCACAUCCUCCCAGCAGAGCUCGAGUCAGGCUGAUGGACAACAGGGCAAACCUCUCAGCAGCACGGGAGACUCCAAACUCUGGGCACUACUGCAGUCUCCUCGAGCAGACAAGAUUGAGAAGAGCGAGAAGGGAGGGAGGUGGUACAGCAGCGGGCUGAGACGGUCUUCUUCAGGCUUCCUCAUGAGCCGAGGCUCGUCGAGCGAAUCCAAUGAGCAGCAUGCGGAAGGACGGGUCGAGGUUGGGUACAACGGAGGGCUCUUUAUCCGAACAUCUCAGAGCAAGAAGCUCGAGCAAUCUGGCAGUGGAGGCACCAUCAAGCUUCCGGCGCCUAACACGAUUUUCUACUGGAGCGGGAAGCACAUGAUGGAUAAGUGCGGAUUGUUCUACUGGCUUGGCUCGUGCGGAGGAACCAGGGAUUGGAUCAACCCGGCCUCAGAAUCCUCUGCUGUGCGGGUCACUGGCUCCAGCUGGACCAAAGGGAAGCUGCAAGAUGUGCUCUGUGUGGACCCCGACAAGCGGGUUGACUCGUGGUCAGCUAGUGAGGAGGGAGCAUGGUUUCAGGUUGAACUACCCGAAGGCAUUCAGCUGCAACCGACUCACUACUGUUUGCGACAUGGCUACUCGUCAGGAGCUCAUCUCAGGAACUGGAAGUUCCUGGUGUCAGCUGACGGAGAGUCUUGGACGCAAGCGUCAACACACGCCAUGGAUGAAAGCCUCAAGGGCCCCUACGCUGUCCGAACGUGGCAGAUCCCAGUCCAUGUGGAGGCAGCGCGUUUCUUCAAAGUUGUAACGACUGGAGGCAACAGCAUCAAUGGCACGCAGCUCGUCUGUGGAGGGUUCGAGCUGUAUGGACAGGUCAUCAGACAGCAGAACGAGGGCAUUCUCAACCCGUCCCACUGGUUCUUCAAGGGGAUGGAGGGCAUGACAACCAGCGCUUGAGUUCACCUGAUGAGCAUCC